AUGACACCCAAGGUUCUCGUCGUUCUCACCUCCCACGACAAGCUCGGUGACACCGGCCACCCCUCGGGCUGGUACCUGCCCGAAUUCGCCCACCCCUAUGAAGUCCUCCACAACAAGGUCUCCCUAACCAUCGCCUCGCCCAAAGGCGGCGAAGCACCCCUCGAUCCAGCCUCCGUGAAGAUGUUCGAGGAAGACGCCACCUCGCAGACCUUCCUCAAGGAGCAAAAGGCCCUAUGGACAAACACCCACAAGCUAUCGGAUAUCCUGCCCCGCGCAGCCGAAUUCGACGCCAUCUUUUACGUCGGCGGCCACGGACCCAUGUUCGACCUAACCACGGACCCGGUCUCCCUGGCUCUGAUCCAGACAUUCGCGGCCGCCAACAAGCCCGUCGCGGCCGUCUGCCACGGACCCUGUGUCCUGCUCAAUGCUACCGCGCCCUCCGGCGUCCCCCUUAUCUCCGGAGCUACGGUGACGGGAUUCUCGAAUGAGGAGGAAGAUGCUGUGCAGCUUUCGUCGGCUAUGCCAUUCAUGCUGGAGACGGAGCUUAGCCGCGUCUCGGGCGGGAAGUACGUUAAGGCCGAUCAGGCUUGGGGGGAGAAGGUUGUUGUUUCUAAGACGGCUGGUACUGGGUCGGUGCUUAUUACUGGCCAGAACCCUGCGUCUGCGACGGGUGUUGGUAAGGCUAUCUUGGAGGCUUUGGGAUUGUAA